CAGAACCUGAAGGAAACCAACAGCAGCUCCGAGGAGAAAAAAAAGGGGAAUCCCACAAUCAUCACCUGAAAGGAUUAUCUAUUCCCUAAAGUGGAUUUUGCUCUGUUUUGACCUCCUCAUCCUCAACUUCAUCAUGCUGAACACCGUGGACUUCAGCGCUCUGGAUCUGCUCUGCGCUCAGACUCUUCCUCAGCCUGCGCCUCACUGCCAACCUGAUGCUGCCUGCGGUUUGCUGAAGCCCAAAGCGGAGCCUGUGGACGCCGGUUUCCCGGACUGCUCCUGCGACGGGUUCCCGCCGUCUCCGCUGACCUACACCGGCAGCUUCUACACGGAGAGCGGGCCGUGCAGCACCGACGCGCUCCUCAACAUCCUCACGGAGAUCGUCGGCAUCUCCGACAACUUCUGCGGGAACUCUCGCGCAGGCGCGCUGUCGCGGCAGGAGUCGCUGCUGUCCACCGGCAGCUCUCUGGGAUCACCGGAAUCGCUCUGCAACGACUCGUCUGACGAGUUCGCGGACACGAGCGCGCAGCAGCUUGCGUUCCCCGCCAUCAAGAGCGAGUUCGGGAGCAGCUGCAGCGGAGGAGACCUGUUUGAUGGGUUCUGCACUUCCUCUCACGAGCCUUCAGAUCUGGAUGACAUUAUUGAUCUGCUUUCUCCACUCGGUCCUGAGACGGACUCGGUUUUGGACACUUGGAUCAAGCAGGAGCCUCUAGACUUCCAGCUGCCGGUGGCACCGGCUCCUUCACACGAAAACAGCCUUUACAUUUCGUUUCCUAACGCGUUCGGACUCGCCGACGCGCUGGAUUCCCUGCUCGCCACGAACACGCACGCGCAAAGGAGCAAGCCGCGCGCUAGGAAAGGCGCAGCCCGCGAGAAGCCGUUCUCCUGCCCGGUGGAGAGCUGCGAGCGCCGCUUUUCCCGCUCCGACGAGCUCAACCGGCACGUGCGCAUCCACACCGGACACAAGCCCUUCCAGUGCCGCGUGUGCCUGCGCUGCUUCAGCCGCAGCGACCACCUCACCACGCACAUGCGCACGCACACCGGAGAGAAGCCGUUCUCGUGCGACGUGUGCGCCCGCCGUUUCGCGCGCAGCGAUGAGAGGAAGCGGCACAUGCGCGUUCACCUCAAACAGCGCGAGCGCAUGCAGCAGAAGACUGAGCUCCUCGGCGCAUGCGCGUUCUCCCUCGUCUGAGCACCGGGACUGCGCUUUGUGUCCCGUUAAACCCGUCUGGGGAAGUUUAAGGCUCGAGCGCGGCUCGGUUGAAGAGCCAGAGCAGCUCAGCGGUCCGGAAACCGGAAGAGUCUGAAGUUGGUCGAGCAUCACACCUGUGUUGUUAAGAACUUGGCAUGCUGAUGAUUAAAAGAAAACAAAACGAACGCUGAUUGGUUGUUUGAGAGGCAGCACUUCCGGUGGACAGCACCUCAAAGACUACAGCAGUGAUGGAGAAGCUCAGAUGUGGAUUAUCAGUCUCUGCAUGUCUCGAUGUAAACCUGUACUUGUCUUACACUGCUGUACCGCGCCGGCAUGCGACAUGUGUCAUCUCCAGUCUUUUACCUUGUCGUAUUUUGAUACAUGACUUUAUAAAGAAGAGAAGAAGAGCUCUAUAUAUUUGUACGUUAUUGACUGUAAUUUUUGUAUUGGUAUUUUCAGGAGAUCUCCGAUUAUCUAUCUUAUAGAUUUGCAUUAAGUGGCUGAUUGUAUUCCACUUUCGACAGUAGAAUGUGUUUGGUUGGUUCUUGGGAACCUGAUCGCUGUAAAGAGUCAAACUUCAACAUGGUAGUUGAGUUGCAGUAGCACAUUUACCUGUGCACAUUCACCUGCCGGCCUUCUGGCGGGUCCAUAUUAUUGUCUUUAUUGGCUUUGAAAACUGUUCUUGUGCAAUGAAAUGCCUUGUGGAUAUUUGAGGCUACUGAAUGUUUCAAAUAAAAACUUAUUUAUUGACAUUA